AAAAUUAGGGAGCAAGAAAGCACCAUGGCCCAAAACACCUUAUAAUAGCUUGUGACCAUUCUCCACCGCCAUCGGAGCGGAGCAACAAUCGCAGUAACAUGGCGACGCCGGCAAUCAUGUCGCAGUUGCGGAGGCGAUUCAUCUCAAGCCAAAUCCCUAAUCACGGCAACUCCAUCACUCAAGCAUCCUCUUGGCAUUCUUCUAUCGGUACAAUGUUAGACAGAUAUGGACUUCAUAAAAAGGGGUUCUUCUCUACGGAUACAAAUCCAGACAAACAUGUUUGUGAAGAUGCUGACUCCUCAAAGCCUAGUGUGAUCCCAGAUAAUGCUCCUACAUCCAUGAGCACUAAUGAGAACUCUGAGUCUGGUGUAAAGUUUUCUGCUAACUCCAGUUUGAAAACUUCCUCAAGGCAUGACCUUGCUAUGAUUUUCACCUGCAAAGUUUGUGAAACGAGAUCUAUUAAAACAGUUUGUCGUGAAUCGUAUGAGAAAGGUGUUGUGGUAGCAAGGUGCGGAGGGUGUAAUAAUCAUCACUUGAUUGCUGAUCACCUUGGAUGGUUUGGUGAACCCAGAAGCAUCGAGGACUUCCUGGCUGCACGUGGAGAAGAUGUAAAGAAAGGUUCAAUUGAUACACUGAAUCUUACACUGGAAGAUAUUGCUGGAAAACAGCCUGCAUUAGGGUAGCACCUAGAUUUUGGAAGGGUCAGGGAAUGUAACUUGACUUGGUGUUUGCAACUCAAUUCUUCUGUUUCUUGAUUAUCCUGAUACUAAAAAAGUGACAUUUUCUUAA